AUGCUAAAUGGAAAAGCGCACAAGUCCGGAGAAAACCCUGACCCUUGCCCAGCGGGCGGCAGUGGGUGUAGCAGCGGGGGAGCUAGCAGGAAGCCGACACCCAGCGUCAAGAUCGACAUCAGCAGUUGCCCGUCGAGCCAGGCGAUGGACUCGCGAACCGCUGCCGAGGACGCGGGAUGCUCAUCCGGCGGAGGCGGAGGCGGACUGCUGAUGGUGCCCACCCACCACAAUCUGCAGCUCGAUAAAAUUUCCGUGCGCUCGAUUAGUUCCGAGGAUAUAUCGAAUGGCGGCAGUGGAAGGUGUUGCAAUGCCGCCGCCCGUAAUCCGGCCAUAAAAACGGGUCGGCGCCUGCAGCUGAUGCAGAUGAUAAUUCUUCCAUUUAUACCAAUAUUGGCAUUGAUUGUGCAAACAUCGGUGACCCUGCAAGAGAUCCUGGAGUACCGUUCCGCAGUUGCCGACAUCGAGACACAGGUAACCAUAGCCACCGAUUUGGGCAAGGUGGUAACUAGACUGCAGCUGGAGCGAUCCGAAGUGGCCUUUUACAUUUUCACCAAUGGCAGCAAGCAGCGUGCCAACCUUACUCUUAGAUUCGCAAAUACGGACCAUGCCCUGAAUAACAUGACCACCUGGAGUGAAAUCAGUGUUCCCACAGCGCCUGACGAGGAUGAGGACGAUCGGGAAAUGAUGUUGAAUCGGUACGAAUUCCAGAGUCGACUAAACGAUUUCAGGGAUCGAGUGCGUUUAGAACCCGAGGAGAGCUCCAUCACAGAGGUGAUGAACUGGUACACAUCCAUCAAUCGGGGGUUACUCCAUCAUCUGAAUGAGCAAAUCAAGGAAACUGACAACAGCGGUGUGUGGCGUUAUUUGGUGGGAUUCAAGAACCUAUUAAAGAGCAUCGAGUGUCAGAACAUCGCCACUUCCUUUGGCAUCAGAUACUAUGGACGAGGAUCCUUGACAGCUGAGAACUUCGUAUCGUAUGUGCGCUACGAAUUCAUGGCUCGUGAGAUGAUUAAUUCCACUCUGAACUACGCACCGAUGCUAAAGAACAUGUACACCAACAUCACGAGUACCAAAAAGUUUCAUCGCGCCAAGCAAAUGAGCUCACCCCUGAUAAAGAACACUCCAAACAUUUCAAAUGAACGCAGUGCCAUUGAAUAUUACGAGCUGAUGACUAACUAUACCGAUGACUUAAGAAUACUCCAAAAAGCCUUGCGUCGUCUUAUAAAGGAGUAUGUGGACACAACUUUGGAAGAGGCUGACCGAAAAGAAGCAAUUGGCAUUGCCAUUUUGGUGGUGGUGCUCCUUGUGUCACCGAUUAUUAUUAUUCUAGUUAAGAAUGCCGCUGCCACAAUACAGCUCUAUGCCCUGAAUCUGUCCCAAAAGGCCAAGGAGCUGAAGCGAGAGAAGCGGAAAAGCGACUCGCUCCUCUUUCAGAUGCUUCCACCCAGCGUGGCCAUGCAGCUCAAGCAAACUCAGCAGGUGCCUGCCGAGCUCUACGAGGCAGUUACCAUCUACUUCAGCGACAUUGUGGGCUUCACCGAAAUAGCCGCGGAUUGCACUCCAUUGGAGGUGGUCACCUUUCUGAACUCAAUUUACCGGGUGUUUGACGAGCGCAUCGAGUGCUACGACGUCUACAAGGUGGAAACUAUUGGGGACUCCUAUAUGGUGGCAUCGGGUCUGCCGGUGAAGAACGGGAACAAGCACAUCAGCGAGAUAGCAACAAUGGCGCUUGAUUUGCUGGAUGCCUCCUCGCUGUUCCGGAUUCCCAGGGCCGGCGACGAGUUCGUCCAGAUCCGGUGCGGAGUGCACACGGGUCCGGUGGUCGCCGGCAUCGUCGGCACCAAGAUGCCGCGCUACUGCCUCUUCGGCGACACGGUGAACACGGCCUCGCGCAUGGAGAGCACCGGCGAGGCCCAGAAGAUACAUAUCACCGAGGAGAUGCACGACUCGCUGCAGCAGGUGGGCGGAUUCCGGACCGAGCACCGCGGCCUCAUCGAUGUCAAGGGCAAAGGUCUGAUGAGCACCUACUGGCUGACCUGCAAGGAUGGACCCGUGAGGGUUCGCGAGGAGAUCUCUUGGCGGGCGGACAUGCAGCCCGUGUUCCUGGACCACCUAAAGCUCCACCCGCCAACCGACUACAAAUUACCAAAGCGAAAAUGAGCAGCAAGCCACUGCCAAUUUUUCGGGCUGGUCAAAUUACUGUUAUCCUAGAAACUAUAGCCGUGAUAACAUGGCGCUUUCGAUGUCCUUCUCUAGAUCUCCUUGUGUUGGUGUCCCGCUGUCUCUGCCCUUUUCAAUGUUUUUUCCCUCUCUAUCCUUAGACGCUUUGACGCUUAGACGUCUUUAUGUAAUCCGCAGUGUGAAUAAUGAGCAUGAUAAAGCCGAAAUACAGACA